GUACCAGAGGAAAUAGCGGAAAUGUCAAUUAUUAUCAGGAGAGGAAGUUCACCGUUAAUGAGUUUUCAUCUUUAUCUCUAGCCAAAUUUGAUUCCUUCUUCUGUUCUUCUAUUUCAAUUUCUUUCAACGGUGCUCCAAGGAAAUUAGUUUCUGGAAUUAAUAGAAUUCCUGCUAAACAACAUGGAAUGAAACAGAUAAUUCCAAUGCCUAGUCAUCCUUCAUUGCUCCUCAUUGAUAACGCGGUCAAGGUUUAGAUUGGCGACUUACCUUCAAAAUCUGCUGCGAAUGCCCGCUUGAUGAAUCGUCAAAGGGAGUGAUAUGAAUGAUCGAUGAUCACUCCCAAGUUAAAUUACUCUCGUUUAUUCUGAUUCUGCUCGAAUCGGGAUAUGCUGAAGUUGUGGAGAUGGUAUACAAGCUGCUUGGCUGUUCACCCAGUCAAGACACAGGUCAUAAGUUCUGGUUUGAUAUGGGGGGUUGGUGAUAUAGGUGCCCAGGCUAUCACUUACUCCACGGCCCAAAGCCAAAGGCCAAAUGAGGAUGAUGAUAAAGAAUUUAAGAUCAACUGGAAACGGAUGGUUGCAACCAGCUUGUUUGGGUUUGGAUUCGUUGGUCCAAUUGGCCACUACUGGUAUGAAGGCUUGGACCGAUAUAUAAGAUUGAGACUCAUGCUUAAACCUAAUUCCUUCCGUUUUGUUGCCACUAAAGUCGCUGUUGAUGGGUUUAUCUUUGGACCGUUGGAUUUAGCUGCAUUUUUUACCUACAUGGGUUUUGCCAACGGGAAGAGUUUUCCUCAAAUUAAAGAAGAUGUGAAGAGAGAUUUUCUGCCAGCCCUUGUUUUGGAAGGAGGCAUAUGGCCGAUUGUUCAAGUUGUGAAUUUUCGAUUUAUACCUGUGAGGUAUCAGCUCCUCUAUGUCAACUUCUUCUGCUUGUUGGAUAGUUGUUUCUUGUCUUGGAUUGAGCAGCAACAGGAUGCUCCCUGGAAAGAGUGGAUAAAAUCUUUUCUACCUGUGAAGGAAGAGAAGCGCCAAAAUGGAUAAUUGCUCUUUAAUCUCCCCUUCUUUUUAUCUCCGGCCUCACCAUUCAUUGUGAACAUGACCAAAAAAAAAAAAAAAGGUUGACGAGGUUGGAAGCGUAAGAAUUCUUCUCAAGACUUUCAGAGUCUAAGAUUCCAUGAGAGAUGUGUUUCUUCUUGAAUCCAAGUUGACAGUUUCGUUGAAUACAUGCAAGCUGAGUUCGCUUUCUAUUCCCUAGUCCUCCAGCAUCUUAAUUUGAUUACCUCUUUCCGUAACUGGGAUUCAUCUAUUACACAUUAUGUUCAAUGCUGUUUGUUUGGGAGGAAAAAGUCAUCGUUCAGACUGUUUCCUGACUAUAGACCAUCGCAAAGUUUGUCUGUGAGGGAAAAAGUUUGAAUUCCUCCAUUUUAUACUGAGGAUCCAAGCAAUUAUGUCGUUACUUGUUAUGAACAUUGACACUACCUGUUCCUUAUGGUUGCAUACCCACAGCUUCCUCGCC